AUGAAUAGCUUUAUAUUUCUAUCGACCUCAGGUGAUCCGGUGGAGAUUGAAGUAAAUGCGGGAAUUACUUGCCAAUCUGCGUGGCUGCAGGCGGCACUGGACAUUGGUGAGAAGGAGGGGAUUGUGCCUGUCGCUAGUACGGAGACAUUACAUUGCCUGGUAGCGUAUAUGAAGGAAUAUGCAGCACAUGUAGAAGAAUGGAAUAAUGAUGGGAAACCACCAAUGGAAGUUCAAAUACCCAUUUCAUGUACCUGCAAGAUUAGCGAUGCCGGGCAGGGAUAUGAUGUACAUCAAAUGUUAAUGCCUAGUGAUAUAAUAUUUCUGGAUAACUAUUUUGGAAAGAGUGAUUCAUGGGAACCAGAAUCACAAAAACGUCUUUUUGAACUCUUGGCGGCUGCAGACUUUGUGGGGCAAACACAUUUAAGAGAUGCCUGUGCGGUGUACUUUUCUUGUCGACUGAUGUCUGCAUCGGAGUCCGACAUUUUAGGGUGGUUUGCAAAGGGAACGAAUGGGGUGUUUUUGAGUGAUAAGAAGUGUGGGGAAGAAGGAUUAGUGCUUAGUGACGAGGACCGACUAAAUCUCCUGAAGGAGACUCAGAAGAAUAUUUAUCUUGAUACUCUUUGA